AUGCCAUCGUCGACGGAGAAGUCCAACGACCGCACAGGUCUCCCAGACACAGAGGCUGAUGUAACCAAAACCGCUCUUUGGGCUAUGCCCAAAGACCCAUCUCUCCUGUCGGUUGUCGAUCAAAUCAUAAUCAACAACCUAGAAGGCAUCUGCAAGCAGAACAGCUUCAUUAUGAAACUUCUCCUGCAACUAGAUGAGCACAACGUCCUCCCUGCAAAAACGACCAAGAGCAAAAAGAGGGCGAUCCAGCAGGAGGCGGGCGAGGAGUCGGACGCCCAAGAUGCAGACGAGCACGUGGCUUGCUUUAGGGCAAAGUACGAAUCGGUGCUCUUUGAUGCAUACAAGUCCUUCAUCGAGUCGACGGGAAAGACGCCGUAUGUGAAAAGAGGUAGCACGAACAAUCUUCUGCACGACGCGUCGGAUUUCCAGACCUUUCUCAUCAACCAAGAUUGUUCCAAGUUCUUCACCAAGUGGUCCGUCGACCGUGAGUAG